AAAUUGGACAGUCUUUUCAGGGGCCCCAAACCUUCUCGUAGAGAGAACGAACAGUUCUACUUAACUCGGGAGCACUUGGAACCGUUGAAUGAACUCUGGGACGAUUGGGGACGUCUUGGUUAGGGAAGAAGAUCAUUAGAUGAUCUCCAUUGUAGAGCUGGCGGAAUCAUUGUUGAGCCGCGUGAGUGUAGCUUCAAUCUCGUUAUGAAGAAGCGCAGCUUGAGCUUAGGCGGUAGGCCGAGUUCACUUAGCCACGCUGCAAUCACGCCAUUUCCUCGUCAAAUCCUCCCAGGAUAUGAAACAGCGCCGAGGCCGAUUGAAAGAGUUGGACCCGCAGAUGUACAGUACUCGGAUUGCGGCUCUCAGCAAGAGUCACAGUCCAAGCAUCCCUUUCUGCCGCGAUCUUACAAUCCGUACUCCUCGCAGAGUCAGCGAUCCCUUUCGCAAGGAUGUCUAACGCAAACUCAAAAUACACAGUUACGGUUCUCACCAAAUACACAACCACAGGACUAUGCUUGCGAUCAAUCGAAAAACUGCAAAGAGACAUCACUUAGUCAGCCGCAAAAACCUCCUCCUUAUUUUGCUGGAUUGACUUCAAGUCUUAAUCGCCGAAACACACUUGGAAAUGCUGGAGGAGCUCAAACACCUGCAAGUUCGACUUCCGCAAGUGCUUCGCUUUUGUUAGUUGGACCUCAGAACAACACGCCUCGUCCAUGGCAACACUGUAAUGUCUCUGAGGACAUAGAAAAAAGAUUAGCCAACUUGGAGAAGUUAAGGGAAGCAGAAAUCGCCGUUAUUCAGAAAAUUUGUGAUGAUUAUCAGCACCUUAAGUCAUUCCUCGAAGAAACAUGUUUCGAGAACACAGACAGCAGAUCAAAAUUGUCGCGUCAACCGAACGCACUUCACAAACUGGUCAAAGAAGAAGAGACAGCGAACAGCAGCAUAACGACUGCCAUUAAAGCCUUGGAGGAAACUAUUCUUCAGGAAGUCGGAAGCUUCCAGCCAACGGCACAAGACGUUUCAAAGGAAAAUGCUGAGGCCAGUUGCAGGCUCAUUACUGAGUCAUUGCGGGAGGAGCUCGUCAACCUCAAGAGUGAUUUGAAAGCUGAAUUCCAUGACAUUUUUCAUCCAGUGAUACCUAGAGAAUCACACCAUCGACUCAUUAAUCAAUCUUCAUCUCUUCGAAAGAAAUCUCUGGAAUCGACUCCAAACCACUCCCCAGUUGCUCUAAAUUCUCCAGCAAUUGUGAAUCUGGAUGGCUCUCCUGACUCUGACUUCGACAGUGGGCUGGACUUCUUGGUUCGAAGUGGUACCCACCUCUCCAGUAUUUCAGCUGUGAAAUCACACAUUUAUCCAAUCGACAAACAUGGCAACGGCUUAGACGACGACAUACGCAAGUCGGUUCGCAGGAAGAUUCUUCGAGGUAGGAGUCUAAUCCGAUCAGCAGGCAUUGUUGUCCUUUCGAAAUUCGCUUCAAGUACGUUUGCAGCUCGAAAAAACAGACACUGAAUUUUCCAUGGAUAGCUGACGUGGUUGAGCGUCCAAAGUGCCUUUCCGUAGUAACGUAUUCAUAAUAUUCUUCGCAGCACAUGCUAAUUUUAGGCAUAAAUUUACCUGAAUAACAUGAUUCUAUUUUCAGCUCACAGGAGAGUGCGUUGCAAAUUGGUUUAACUUUCACGAAAAGCAUAAGGUGGACUGCAAUCUUUUGGAAGCCCUUCGGCUGGAACUGGUAAUUCAUCGUAGCGUGUCACAGCAACAUGACGGGUCAUUCCAAAAGACCCGCUGAAAUAAAAAUAAUGAUUUUAUGUGAA